AUGUCAAAUCCAUCCGACCCUAAGCCAAAGAUUGGCCUGCUGUCAAUUGGCGAUAUGGGCGUCGGCAUUGCAAAGCUGCUGAUCGCUCAUGGCUUCAUCGUUGCAACUAACAUCACCGGCCGAAGCCAAGACACGAUUGAACGGGCCCAAGAUGCCCAAGUUGAACUCCUCGAGUCUGAUACUGAGCUCCUACAGCAAAGUUCCGUUAUACUGUCUGUCGUCCCACCCAGGGACGUUGAGGCUACUGCCGCUCGAAUUGUAAAGGCAUUCAAGGAGCUGGAGACCAAGAAAGAACUCUAUCUGGUCGAUCUUAAUGCAGUUGCACCUUCGACUAUCAAAUCUGUAGAAGCGUCUGUCAAAAAGGAAGAUGUGCCUAUUCGAUUUGUCGAUGGGAGUAUCCUAGGACAACCUCCAAAACUUACAGCAUCGUCUUAUGCCGAAACACAAGCAUCUAAUAGCAACAACUUUUCCAACUGGUAUCGCCCUAGUAUCCCCGUUUCUGGACCCGAUUCUUUAACUUCACUACCUUAUGGCGAGAAGCUCAUUUCUGUGCUCAACAUGAAGCACAUCUCCCCCGAUAUCGGCGCGGCGAGCGGACUCAAGAUGUGCUUCGCUUCCUUGUCCAAAGGUUUUACUGCCAUCGCCACGCAGUCCUUCACAGCGGCCCAUAAUCUCGGAGUCUUAGACGCUCUAAAGGAGGAGCUGAACACCCUCUACCCAGCUACCCUCGCCAAUGCUGAGAAGGGCGUGCCUGGCAUGCCACCCAAAGCAUACCGCUGGGUCCGAGAGAUGGAAGAAAUCGCCCUCACCUUUAACGAGGAAGCAGGCUGGGAUAAGGGGAUGUUCGAGGGCGCUGCCAAUAUUUAUAGAGCUAUCGCGGAAGACGAAGUGCUUGGAAAGGAAAAGGUGGGUAAGAGAAAGCGUGGAACGACUUUGGAUGAUGUGGCAGCCGCGGCAGCAGAGGGUUUACAGAAGAAGAGAAAGUCGCAGCAGUCACAAGAUUAG